AUGCGUCGUCUAAUAUCCAAGAGCGUUGCGGCCGCUGGCUCCGCCCGGCCCUCGGCGCCCUCCUCGGCCCGCCGCCUCACUGCCAACAUGAUUGCCCCGCGCACGACCACCCGGAGCAUCUACGCGUCCGUGGUGCGUCGCAACCCGGCCGAGUACAACGAUGUCCGCCUCUCGAGCACGACCACGAGCUACCCGACGGAGCACAUCACGAAGGCCGCCACCAACGUCGCCGACACGCCCUACUUCUUUAACAACCGCUUCGUCGCUUCGGAGACCACUGAGUUCAUUGAUCUGCACGACCCUGCCACCAACGAGCUUGUCACCCGUGUUCCCCAGAUGACCGAUGCCGAACUGAAGAGCGCUGCCGCCGCCGCCCAGGCUGCUUUCCCCGCCUGGAGCGCCACCAGUGUCAUCCACCGCCAGUCCGUCCUGUUCAAGUUCGUCGGCCUGAUCCGCGACAACUGGGAGCGCCUGGCCGCCAGCAUCACCCUCGAGCAAGGCAAGACCCUGGCCGAUGCCCGUGGUGACGUCCUCCGUGGACUGCAGGUCGCUGAGGCCGCCUGCGGUGCCUCCGAGCUCCUCAAGGGCGAGGUCCUCGAGGUCGCCAAAGACAUGGAAACUCGCAGCUACCGCGAGCCUCUUGGUGUUGUUGGAGCUAUCUGCCCCUUCAACUUCCCCGCUAUGAUUCCCCUGUGGUGCAUCCCCAUUGCUACCGUAACCGGCAACACCCUGGUUCUGAAGCCUUCCGAGCGCGACCCUGGUGCCGCCAUGAUCCUGGCUGAACUUGUUCGCGAGGCAGGCUUCCCCGACGGCGUUGUUAACAUCGUCCAUGGCGGCCACCGCACCGUCGACUUCAUCCUGGACGAGCCAGCCAUCAAGGCCAUCUCCUUUGUGGGCAGCAACAAGGCCGGCGAGUACAUCUUCAACCGUGGCUCGGCCAACGGUAAGCGUGUCCAGGCCAACCUGGGUGCCAAGAACCACGCCGCCGUUUUGCCCGACUGCAACAAGAACCACUUUAUGAACUCGGUUGUUGGCGCUGCUUUUGGUGCCGCUGGCCAGCGCUGCAUGGCCCUGUCCACCCUGGUCACUGUUGGCCCUGAGACUGAGUCGUGGCUGCCGGAGCUGGCCGAGAUGGCCAAGGCCCUGAACGUCAACGGCGGCUUCGAGGCCGGCGCCGAUCUCGGCCCCGUUAUUCACCCCCAAAGCAAGGCGCGAAUUGAAAGCCUCAUUGCCAGCGCCGAGGAGGAGGGUGCUACAAUCCUGCUGGACGGCCGUGGCUUCAAGCCUGAGAAGUACCCCAAUGGCAAUUGGGUCGGCCCGACGAUCAUCACCAACGUGAAGCCGUCAAUGAAGUGCUACAAGGAGGAAAUCUUUGGCCCUGUGCUUGUGUGCCUGAAUGUCGAGACCCUUGACGAAGCCAUUGACCUGAUCAACAACAACGAGUACGGCAACGGCACGGCCAUCUUCACGCGCUCUGGCGCCACGGCCGAGACCUUCCGCCGCCGCAUUGAGGCUGGCCAGGUCGGUAUCAACGUACCGAUCCCGGUGCCAUUGCCCAUGUUCUCUUUCACGGGUAACAAAGCAUCCGUUGCCGGUGGCGGUGCCAACACCUUCUACGGCCGCCCGGGUGUCAACUUCUAUACACAGCAGAAGACCGUGACGUCGAUGUGGCAGGCAGCUGAUGCUCUGUCGCAGAAGGCCGACGUGGCCAUGCCUACGCUCCGCUAA